AUGGACAGGGAAAAUAAAAAACGAAAGGAGAUUGAAAAUGUAUUGGUUGUAGUUGAAGAUUUGGUCCGUCGGCAGGGCCAACAAUCUUUUCUUCUGCUCAAUUUGGCUGAGUAUUUUAGUCGGCGGAGGAGUAGUGAUGACGAAGAUGAUACAACCAUGGUUACUGACUUGUUGUGGAAGAUACCGGAGCAAAUUCGGCGUAUGGAUAGGCUAAUACGUUUAACUGACACGGACUGUGUGAACAAUCUCUGGAUGGACCGUAACUGCUUUGGACGGCUGUGUCUACUACUACGUGUGCGCAUGGGUUUGAAAGAUCGAAAAUUUGUAAGCGUUGAGGAGCAAGUGUCUAUGCUCUUAAGCAUCCUCGCUCAUCACAAAAAGAAUCGGAUAACAGGGUUUGAGUAUUUGCGAUCCGGACAGACUGUUUCUCGAUAUAUUCAUGAGGUGUUAAGAGGGGUGAUUGGUCUUCAUGAAGUAUUCAUGGCUAAACCGACGCCCGUGGACGACGAUUGCGACGACCCCCGGUGGAAAUGGUUCAAGGGUUGUCUAGGGGCAUUGGAUGGAACAUAUAUCGAUGUUCGUGUUAGUGUUGGUGAUGCACCACGGUAUAGAACACGAAAGGGCCACAUCGCUACUAAUACUUUGGCCGUCUGUGAUCGUUUUAUGCGAUUUGUCUACGUCCUAACUGGUUGGGAGGGAUCAGCAGGUGACUCUCGUGUUCUACGCGAUGCUGUCACACGGGAAGUUGACAAACUACGAGUCCCUAAAUGCUGUUAUUACUUGUGUGAUAAUGGAUAUGCAAACAGCGAAGGAUUCCUCACACCAUUCAAAGGGGUGCGGUAUCACUUGAAGGAGUGGGGCCUUCUGCGCAUAAGCCCCAAAACCCUACAGAAAUGUUUAACAUGA